CUUCCUGCUUCGAAUGAGCACGGGCAACAUUGGGAAAACGCCUCUAUGGGAGUGAACAACACCCUUCCUCCAUCUCAUAACAUCUCCAUGGCCAACAAGACCGUCUACAACUUAACGAGUAACAUAACUUCAGGAAACUGGACGAAUGCGUCACUUGCUCCUGUAGCCAUCGAUGUAUCAGGGGCCUUUGUCAGUUGUGCGAUCCAGCUCAUCAAUGUAAAUAUGAACACAUUCAGCAAGGAAGAAGUCCUCGUUUCCUUUGUAGGAGCUGUCAAGUACGCUCUCGAGCUGAUCAAUAUUAGGAUGCAGCAGGCAAAUUGGCAGAUCGAGUUUGCGGGAUUUUGCAACCUCCAGCACUCGUCUUGCGAGGUCUUUCAGAAUUCGACUCAGUACAAUCUUACUGGGAGUCUGGCUCGUAAAACUUCACACAAAGCUCCCAAAACACCGAAGGAAGGUCGCAGAUCGACUGAAGCAUCAUGGCGUGCGAUGGAGGGGGAUGAAAGGUUGGAUUUCAACAGCUUGAAGGAGGAGGGCUCCUGGAGUCUGAGAGAAGUUGGGACCGAAGUUUUCUUCUUUCUGAGAAGCACUGUUGUUGAAGAAUGGGCCCUGUCACUCGCAGAGUCCGAGGAGAACGAGGAGUGGAACUACCUCAACUCUUCAUGGUUUCCUCAGACGAUGAGCAGCAAGAUGUCUCUCAGUGUCUUGUCCUUGUCUUCUGCUCGCUGGAGCGCUGAUAACCCGAUGCUUUGCUACGCCAAGGAUAAGUCGAGACAGUGCAACAUGCAGGAACUUGUGCAGUGGCUUCAGGACGAGGAGAUCGGACUGAGCUUCCUCUGGGGGGAUUUUCCUACAAUCGACAUAUUCAACGACCCAUUCGUUGCUGGCUCGCUCGUAGGAGGAAUAUUCAGUGCGUCGUUUGUUAUGUGGGUCACAAUCAAAUGCCAGCAGUGGAGGCUGCGAAGGAAGCGGAAGAGGGCAGGGAAGGAUGGGGAGGAGCUGCAGAGGCUUCGCCUCGCAGCGGAGGACUUAUGAACUUGACUCAGUGACUCGAUAAAUGAUGUUUCUUCCGGGCCUCCUCCACUCAGUGACUAGUCACAGAGUAAAGAUCAGUACGAGG